AUGGCUGUGAAAGGUAGGAGAUUUUUCAUUGCAUCAAACCUCACGUGCAACACGAAGGUUACCAGCCUUACCUAUCGACCAACGUGUGGAUCUCAAGCAGCGGAUACCACAGUACAAAGCCUUACCCUACAACCUUCUGUUAAAGACGGUCUUAUUAUAUAUGAAGAUUCACCACUGGUAAAAGCAGUGAAGUUUGGACAUAUUUUGGUAAUUGAUGAGGCAGACAAAGCACCAACAAAUGUUACCUGUGUCUUAAAAACUUUAGUAGAAAGCGGGGAAAUGGUUUUGUCAGAUGGAAGGCGAAUUGUUGCCAAUCCUGCUCAUGUAGAGGGGAGAGAAAAUGUAAUAGUUAUUCAUCCUGAUUUUAGAAUGAUAGUUCUAGCAAAUAGACCUGGAUUUCCUUUCUUGGGUAAUGACUUUUUUGGCACACUAGGGGACAUUUUUAGUUGCCAUGCUGUUGAUAAUCCCAAACCACAGUCUGAACUGGCUAUGCUUAGACAAUAUGGUCCUGAUGUUCCAGGGCCAGUUCUUCAGAAACUGGUAGCUGCUUUUGGAGAACUGAGGAGCUUGGCUGACCAAGGAAUUAUUAACUAUCCUUAUUCAACUAGAGAAGUUGUGAAUAUUGUAAAACAUUUACAGAAAUUUCCAACUGAAGGACUGGCAAAUGUUGUUCGAAAUGUAUUUGACUUUGACUCCUACAACAACGAAAUGCGUGAAAUUUUAAUCAGCACUUUGCACAAAUAUGGGAUACCAAUUGGAGCAAAACCGACCAAUGUACAGCUGGCCAAGGAACUGCCAUUACCAGAUCAUAAAUUUAUGGGCUACUGGAAGGUCGAUCAGCCGGGGAAUGCACAACAGAAACUGCUGUGUCCAACAGAAACUCAAAAAAUAGAUGUAAAGGGCCCUGUGUACUUAAAUAUUCAAGGAUUUCCACUGGAACGACAUGAAGCCAGGUCCCUCAGUUUUACAGAAGAACUCGCUUUUUGGACACUGCCUUUGGGUGAAGUCAACUUAGUUUGCGAUGUCAUAGUAACAAAAGAAGAUGAAGCUGAAAAUGUUCUUUACGUUACUGCGUGCAAUCCUGUUUCCUUGUAUUUCAUGAAUGUUUCUAGUAAGAGUGGGUACUUUGUGGAUCUUUAUGACCUCUUCCCAAGAACAGUUGGAAAUGUCUGGCAACCUUUUGUGACUGUGGCACCGCUGGGAAAUCCACUCAAAGGUCAAGUGGUUCUACAUGAGGAGGAGAGCAAUGUUGUGUUGUUGCUGGAUACAAAAAAUGGUGCCCUUCGCCGACUUUCGCUCUUACCAGAUGCUCAAGAAUCUCCUAAGAGAACAUCUUGGUGGAGCAGCAAAGAAGAGAUGAGCAACUACAAAAUGUGCCGAGAGUUUUCACACAAAAACUGGCUGGUGUUCUACAAAGAAACAGGAAACCGCCUUAUUGUACUGGAUGUAUUAGAGGGUCAAACUCAUACCAUCUCACUUCCGAUCAAUCUGAAAUCUGUUUUCCUGGUGGCUGAAGACCGGUGGCUCUUGGUGGAAAAUGAAACAAAUCAGAAAUAUCUUUUAACCAAGCGUGCCGAUAUGGAAGCUGAGGACAGUGAGGUUUGCCAGCUGUAUGUAUUGCGUGAAGAGCCAGCUGACAUGGGAUUUGGCUUAACAACAGCGUCAGAACUGUGUGUGCCGCAUGCAGUUUCAAGUGACCAGCUAUCUUCAGAAAACCUCAGUGCAGCUGUGGGACAAAAGAUCAGCUCCCCCAACAGGAUUUUCUCAGAUGAACAUAAUUAUGCUACUAUUGUUAUUGGUUUCCCAGACCUCUUGUCUCCUAGUGAAGUGUAUAGCUGGAAAAGAAACUCCUCUCUGAGUCGCAAACGUGCUUCUCCUUCUGAUCCAUUUUAUUAUGGAGCCCGGAGGAAAACAGGAGCUGCAAAACAAACCAAUUGUGUAACUUUAUUGGCUUCUAAUCAAAUAGUCAGAAUUUUAGCACCUGGUGAUGUGCCUUUGAAAGACAUUUACCCGAAAGAUGUCACUCCUCCACCAGCUGCUGGAUACUUGGAAGUAACAGAUCUUAACUCAAAGAAAAUCAAAUACAUUGCUAUUCCUAGGUCACAAUCUCUCUCUCCUUAUACAUCUUGGCUCUCUAAGAUCUCGGAUGCCGAUGCCCUGUUGGCACCACUGGGCAAAGUAGGUUUGGUUAGUGUGGACAUGGGAGGAGGUGUGAGGCUGUGGGAGACCGGGCUGGAGAGUCUCCAGCGGUCGCUGCAGGACUGGAGGAACAUGAUUGGCCAAGAAGAUGGUCGUCCUGUGCAGAUCACCAUUCAGAGAGACAGUGGUUUGGAUGUCAGUUCCCCCAAACAUGGAAAAGUGGAUCCAGACAACAUGCCGCACGUUGGUGGAAAUACUUGGGCUGGUGGAACAGGUGGGAGAGACACUGCUGGGUUAGGUGGCAAAGGUGGGCCAUAUCGACUGGAUGCUGGCCACAGGGUUUACCAAAUAUCUCAAGCUGAAAAGGAUGCUGUUCCUGAGGAGGUCAAGAGAGCUGCUCGAGAGAUGGGUGAAAAGGCCUUUAAACAGAGACUGAAAGAGAUUCAGAUGAGUGAAUAUGAUGCAUCAACUUACGAAAGGUUCUCUGGAGCAGUCCGACGUCAAGUUCAGUCACUCCGCAUCAUCUUGGACAAUCUGCAGGCCAAGGGUAAGGAAAGGCAAUGGCUGAGACACCAAGCUGUUGGAGAGCUAGAUGAUGCCAAAAUCAUUGACGGGCUGACAGGAGAAAAAGCCAUAUAUAAACGACGGGGAGAACUUGAGCCACAACCUGGGAGCCCCCAGCAGAAACCUAAACGCUUGCGCCUGGUGGUGGAUGUUUCCGGCAGCAUGUACCGCUUUAACGGGGUGGAUGGACGACUGGAACGCUCCAUGGAGGCUGUCUGCAUGGUCAUGGAAGCUUUUGAGAAUUAUGAACACAAAUUCAAGUAUGAUAUUGUUGGACAUUCAGGAGAUGGCUUCGACAUCACCUUGGUUGGGAGUGACAAAGUUCCCAAGAACAAUAAGCAAAGAUUAGAGAUUCUUAAGAUCAUGCAUGCCCAUGCUCAGUUCUGCAUGAGCGGAGACCAUACCUUGGAAGGGACAGAGCAUGCCAUUCGUGAAAUCGCCAAGGAAGAGGCUGACGAGUAUUUUGUAAUCGUCUUGAGUGACGCAAAUCUCGAGCGAUACGGUAUUCAGCCAUCAAGGUUUGCCCAGGUCUUGACCACCAAUGCUCAAGUCAAUGCUUUUGCCAUAUUUAUAGGAUCCUUAGGAGACCAGGCAGAUAGGCUGCAGAGGACACUACCAGCAGGUCGGUCUUUUAUUGCCAUGGAUACCAAAGAGAUCCCCCAGAUUUUGCAGCAGAUCUUCACAUCUACCAUUUUAUCAAGUGCCUAA